CUAAGGAAACACAUGGGGCUCGAAAACCCAUUUUCGUGCCGCGUUCACAUCUUUCUCAUGACUUGUGCGCCUCGAACAGGAGGGAGGAGCGAGCGCGGGGCUGCGGCGCAGAGGGAAAAAAUGCUGUCGGCCCGGACGUCGCCCGCUCAUUCGGUGCAGUGUGCAGCACUGUGAGGUUUCCAGUUGUGGGAUGUUCGGAUUUGCCUUCUGGCUGCACUUAAGAGAGGGAGAGACUAGCCAGACCUAUUUGCUCGGAGCUGGAACACACACACACAUGCAUACACACCACCUCUGCUUCACUUUCUGAUGCACACACACACACACACACACACACACCCCUGUCUCAGAGCCGCACUACGGUAACUGUGAGUGGAUUUAGCCUUGACUGUCCGACCGGAGCCGACCUUUCAGGACAAUGCGGCACUAAAAAAGCCUCUCGCUUAAAAAGGAGACGGACCAGCCAAAGAGCGAGCAUGGCCACCGCAGUGUUCCAGGUCUCUUCCUCUUGUGUUCCGGCAACAAACUAUGAGCUGGCGGCCAGCAGUGAGCUGCCUCUCAAGCUUGUAGAUACACUGGGCUCCACAAAGUCAUCCAAGAGCAUGGAGUCACGACGCAGACCUUCCAGGAGUGCGAGUCUGCUGCAGUCCCCGGAGGACAGCUGUGAGCUGGACCUGAUUUACAUCACGGAGAGGAUCAUCUCCGUCUCCUUCCACGGCAGCGUGGAGGAGCAGAGCUACGCCGCCAACCUGCGCGAGGUGGCCUCCAUGCUGCGGUCCAAGCACGGCCACAACUACCUGCUCUUCAACCUCAGCGAGAAGCGUUACGACAUCAGUCAACUUCAUUCAAAGGUGUUGGACUUUGGCUGGCCUGAUCACCAUGCACCAGCUCUGGAUAAAAUCUGCAGCAUCUGCAAGGCCAUGGACACUUGGCUGAGUGCAGACAGCCACAAUGUGGUGGUCAUACACAAUAAGGGCAACAGAGGCAGAACUGGAGUGGUGGUGGCUGCAUAUAUGCAUUACAGCAAUAUAUCUGCCAGCGCAGACCAGGCACUGGACAGAUUUGCCAUGAAGCGCUUCUAUGAAGAUAAAGUGCUUCCUGUGGGUCAACCCUCUCAGAGAAGGUAUGUGGAGUACUUCAGCGGUCUGCUCAGUGGACACAUCAAGAUCAACAACAAACCCUUGUUCCUCCACCACGUCAUCUUGCACGGGAUACCCAACUUUGAGUCGAAAGGAGGAUGCCGUCCUUUCCUCAAAAUAUACCAGGCCAUGCAGCCCGUCUACACAUCUGGAAUCUAUAAUGUUCAAGGGGACAGUCAGACAAGUAUCUGCAUCACCAUUGAACCUGGCCUACUUCUUAAAGGGGACAUCCUGCUCAAGUGCUACCACAAACGUUACUGCGGCCCCUGUCGGGAUGUGAUUUUCCGGGUGCAGUUCCACACGUGUGCCGUCCAUGACCUGGGGAUUGUCUUUGGGAAGGAUGAACUCGACGAGACGUUCAAAGAUGAGAGAUUUCCAGAAUACGGGAAGGUGGAGUUUAUUUUUUCCUUUGGCCCAGAAAAAAGACAUGGUCAAGGUAGGGAUCACCUAGAAAACGGGCCGAGCGUCUCGGUGGACUACAACACGCAGGAUCCUCUGAUUCGCUGGGACUCCUACGAGAACUUCAAUCAGAACUGUGAGGACGCCGCAGACGACGUCAUUCAUACCCAAGGACCUCUGGAUGGGAGCCUCUAUGCCAAAGUACGCAAAAAAGACUUUGUUGAUGGGAGUGUCACAGCCAAUGGACUCCCACCCACUGCAAUUGAACACUCCCUACCUGCAGUUGACCAUGCCUUGUCAGUGAGCAGCGACUCUGGAAACUCAACAGCCUCCAUUAAAACGGACCGAACUGAUGAAGUGGCAGCAGUCCCUCAGACCACUUUGGUGAACCUGCCAAACAUUUCCACAGUCGAGGAGAUUCCCCAAGUACAUAACCACCACCAGCAAUCCAUCAGCCCUCAAGAGAAGCAGGAGCUGGAUCAGCUCCUAGGUGGAUUAGAGGAGCCCAUGCAUCGCCAGGGCUCCCCGUCCUCCUCAACCUCUGGUGUUGGAGGGAUACUUCACCUGGUACCUGCCGAGGUCCAUGUCAAUGGUCAUAGUAACAUUGACCGUGAAACGGACAUCUUAGAUGAUGAAAUGCCGACUAGUCAAGAGGGCAACAGUGUGGACAGUUUGGGGACUUUCUCUUCCACCGAUGGCCGAGCCACACCGGCGGAUCUCUACUACCAGUCUGAAUCUGUCAUCAAAAUCCAGGACCAUGUGCCAUACCUGGAGCGUAGUGUUCCGGAAAAGCCAGUGGAAACACUGCAACCACACAUUUGCAUAUCAGAGAAAACUGUUUCGGUGACUCAUACUGAUUCAGUCCCACCCUCUAAUUAUAUGGCGACUCAGAAUCUGUACCGCUCGCAGUCAUUUGGUGGAGAUACACAGUCCAUGCCACCAGCUCCCACCCGGACCACCAGUAGCAGGAAUGCCGUCCAACGUGGUCUGAAUAUUUGGCAACGGUUCGGUGUACCCGAGGAGCCAGUGACAGAAGGACUCUUGUUCGGGCCACCAUCUCCUGUGGCAAUGGUUCCAGUACACCAGAGUCUUCCACAGUUCCCUAAUCGCUACAGUGCCUCACAGGAAGAGAUUGAAAAAUCCAUAGAGACUUUGAAUCUCCUCAUGUUGGACCUGGAACCUAGCCAUUCUGUCAUGUCAAAGUCCCAAAGUGCUCCUCUGAGAGAAACCAGUGUUGUGACCACACAGCCGUCCAUCUCUCAAAGUCAAACAAGUUCUUUCUAUGAGGUGGAUACUGCUACUCAUUCUCAUUUCACUGGUCCGUCGUCGAGCAAGGCCAGUUAUCAUUCACCAACCCAGGUAUCACCUGAGUCUGCACAUGUUUCUGGCUUGAAAACUAUUGGAACCGGUCUUUCUCCUCAAUCUACCGAAACCCAGCUCAGGCCAAUGAACGCCUUCCAACCAGACUCCUUGCCCCAGUCCACUGAGGUCUUUGAGGCUCAGACAGGCCUGAGUGCUCCAACGACAUCAUCGCCGUCACGGGAUUCUGAACCUGAUGAAGUAUUCGCCGUUGAAGGGAUGGUGGCUCAAAGAGUUGCAGGUGUCCAUUCCCGUGCGACCUCCUUGGAUGAGCAGACCACCGUCCCCCGUCGCCGGUUCACAAGUGACAGCCAGUGUCUAAACGGACCAGAAGACGGUCCGUCCCCCGAUGUCCCGGUUCGCUCCCCUAUCCGCUGCGUUUCUCCAGAGUUCGUCAACGCCAUAGCGAUGAACCCUGGUGGACGACCGAAGGAGAGACACAUGCACAGCUACCGCGAAGCCUUUGAGGAGAUGGACAGUGGGCCUGCCAGCCCGACCCCCACAGUUGGUGGUGAGGUGCUUCCCCGAACCCCUGCCUUCCCCGUCACGCCACAAACCCCUUACUUCAACCUGUGUCGGUCCCCUCCGGGUCUGGCUAAGACUCCACUGUCAGCCCUGGGAUUGAAACCCCACAACCCAGCAGAACUCCUACUCAAUCAAACUGGUCCAGAACCCAGAAGUUACGUAGAGUCCGUCGCAAGGUCAGCUGUAGUCGCCGGAGAGCAACCCGCGACACCACGGAGCCUCAGUCCACAAGGAGAGAUCGCGGGGCAACGGAAAAGUCCAAGUCCCGUCUCCCAUGCCCUGAACUCACCUUUGUCCAGUAGCAGUCCCAUCCAGAACUCACAGGGGGUUAUAGCUUCAGCAGAGAGCAGCAUUAGCACUCCGUCCCAGUCCACUACUGAUUCAAGUUUCCAGACUCAGGCAGCAGUGACCGCAUACCCCACACCAACGUCCUCAUACCAGGCACUGAUUUCUACCAAUUCUUCUCAUCUGGAUUCCAUUCCUCCAACAUCCUCCUUCCAAGGCAUCACUUCUCCUACACUCUCUAAUCUUUGUCCUAACACCCAAUCGAGGAGCUAUGUGGCCCCAGAUUCCGGCCUAUCUACUUGGAUAGAGCCCUCUAAGACCAUAGUCAGCCACGGAAGUCCCCAGUUGCAGCAACGGACAAAUAACCGGACAUUUACUGACAAUGCUUUGUUUCAAAAGCACCCAAGUGCUUAUCAGGAAGGGUCUUUUGGUGGUCAGCAAAUGUCACAAGUAAAUGGCUUUGAAACUGGUGUACUGGGGUCGAAUGGCAGUCCUAUCCUUGGACGUCAUCAGUUUCAGGGAAAUCAGAUUAACCAAGUACUUAACAGACAGGACUCUAUGGAGCAAAAGUCUCAACAAAGCCCAAUCCUAAGCAGAAAACCGUCCCUGGGACAGCCCAUGCAGAGCAGUCCUGUGCUCAGCAGACAUCCAUCUGUUUCCCAAUCCCAUGGAAGUCCAGUGUUGGGCCGUCACCCCUCUGUGUCGCAGAUGUCCCAAAGGAGCCCAAGUUUAGACCGACACCCCAUGCAUAGUGGCUAUACCACGCCGGAUGAGAGGUACGGCAACCUGUCCAGACAGAGCAGUUCUUCUGGAUACCAGGGACCAUCAACACCCUCCUACCCCGUUUCACCCGCAGUCUACCAGGAAGGGGGAAUGACGGGGAUGGGUCUUGGGUUCCGACAGGGAAGCGCAAGCCCGGGUUUUCAACCCCAGCUUCCAGAAAAGAGGCGCAUGUCAAGUGGUGACCGACCAAAUGGAUCCGUCUCGUACAGCUCGUUGAAUGGAAAAAUGUCCACGAUGAGUGGAGGAAGCACUCCCAGCUACUUCCACACCCUCUCUGACUUCUCAAGGUUUAACAUGCCUGAUGGAAGCACAGACAGCAGGCUGAAUGUUAAGUUUGUCCAAGAUACGUCCAAGGUCUGGUACAAGCCAGACAUAUCCAGAGAGCAGGCAAUCGGCAUGCUGAGAGAAAAGGAACCCGGAGCUUUUGUUAUCCGGGACAGCCACUCAUUCAAGGGAGCGUACGGCCUGGCCAUGAAAGUGGCCUCACCCCCGCCAUCAGUGCAUCAAAACAAGAAAGGCGACGUCACCAACGAGCUCGUACGACACUUCCUGAUUGAGAGCAGCCCGAAAGGAGUGAAACUCAAGGGUUGUCCCAACGAGCCGUACUUUGGCUGUCUGUCUGCCUUGGUGUACCAACAUGCCAUCACACCACUGGCCCUGCCCUGCAAACUACUCAUUCCUACAACAGAUCCACUGGAGGACGAGCCGGAGGUUGUGAAAACAAAUCCCCUGGCUGACCGACUGAAACAAGGAGCAGAUGACGUCCUUGUCAUCCCAGUGCAGAGACCCCCUGCUGAGUCCCAUGCAUGCAACGUACUCUACAUAAACUCGGUGGACAUGGAGUCUCUGACGGGCCCCCAGGCCAUUGCGAAGGCUUUAUCUGAGACUCUGGCUGCUGCUUCCCUUCCGACUGCCACCGUCGUGCACUUCAAGGUGUCUUCACAAGGCAUCACGCUGACCGACAACCACAGGAAGAUUUUCUUCCGACGCCACUACCCCUGCAACACUGUCACAUUCUGUGAUAUUGACCCUCAGGACAGAAAGUGGAGCAAGUCCGAGGGCGGCAAGGCCAAGCUGUUUGGGUUCGUGGCUCGUAAACAAGGAAGCACAACCGACAACGUGAGCCACCUCUUCGCCGAGAUGGACGCCGACCAGCCGGCCGGCGCCAUCGUCAAUUUUGUCUGUAAGAUGAUCACUUCGCAAAAACGAUGAGAGGCUUUUUUUUUUUUUUUUCAUGCAAAAAAAAAAACACCCCGGCACUUUUUUUUCCCAAACGCCUUUUGUUUGCUUUCCAUCCUUCGAAACACACUCCACUAUAGUUUCACCUUCCUCCGCGCGCGCGUAUAGCGGAUAUUAGUGCGCCUGUGUGCAUUAUUAUUAUUUUUUUCCGGGGGACGGACUCCUGAGUGGAAGCGAGGAAGUGCGGAAGGUGACGUGCGAGCUCCGUGACAUUGGAAAGGGACGACUUUAGAGCCUCCCUGGCAGGGUAAGGUUUGUGGGACGUUUGGUUUGCAAAAUGGGCGCGCCGGUGUGUAUUUUGCCUUGUUGUAAAGAAGAAGUCAAGUUGUGUGCAAGUCUUUGACCGUUCAACCAAAGAUUUUCUUUUUUUUUAAAAGCAGUCUGGGUUGGGAUUUAAAACGGCUGCUUAGUCCACGUGACUUGUUGUCUUGUGUAUUUUCUGAUACUGUAGGUCAAAGAGGCGAAACAAUGUUACAGGGCUAUUUUUUUUAGUUGUUUUUUUUGUAUGUAAAUACUUUAGAUUGCUUUAUGGGUUGGACUGUUUUGGUGCCUGACUUUUUUUUUUUAUUAUUUGGGCGCAGCUUUUUAUUUUAAUAAUAAAAUUAAUGUACAAAAAAAAAAAAAAAAAAGUGCAAAAACGGAAUAUUUUGCUGAGCUCUCACAAAUAUGCAAACCACAGUAUCUAGAAGGAAAAAAAAAUCACUGAAUUAUGAUAUUUUCUGCUUAAAAUCUGCUUUAACGUACCUAAAAGUCCAAUUUUUUGUUUUUUUUCUAUGCCAUUACAUUUUGAAAUAUUUUUGCUCUGCAUCAGCCGGCCAAAACUACACAUAUUCACACCCUACCCAAAAUUAAGCUAUAUAAAUAUAAAAUAGUACAUAUACAGAUAAAUAUAAUAUACUUUCAUUGAAUAUAUUUAUUGUUGCUUUGUUGCUCUCUGCUCUCUUGUACACAAUGAAUGACUGAAGCAUGGAGAACAGAAUGCUUUUUAUUUUUAUUUUUAAUAUGGACUCAAGUCAAGUAGAUAACGGACAUAUAUCGCGUGUAAAGUGACUGUAUUACUGAUUUUAUUUUAACUAAAAAUGUCUCUUUUUUGUUUUGUUUUUGCAUUAAAUAAUGCUGUGGGGGAUGUAUGGAAGAUUGAAGUCCAAGUUUUCAAAAGAUGCCAACAAUCCAAAGCACUUAAAUGACAAAAUAGUAGCAAUAUCUACUUUUUUUUGUUUAGUUUCCAUAGAUAAAAUAUUGCCACAUUGCAGACAGAGCCCUUGGACAAUCAAAAAGCAGGCUAGUCCGUGACUGCCCUCUAGUGGCAAAAAUAAGGUAUUGCAUAAGAACACAUUGAAUAGUGUUUUAACCGUUUGUGACUGCCCUCUAGUGGCAAAAAACAUGUAUUACAUAAGAACACAUUGAAUAGUGUUCUAACCGUUUGUGACUGCCCUCUAGUGGCGGAGAACAGUUACUACAUAAAAAUACAUUGAAUACUCAACUGUAGUUGAGUUAAAACAACAGAUGUUAUUUUGUUAAAUUCCUGUUUUGCAUGUUAGUUUGAAAAAGGAAUGACAUGAACAUUAGCUAUUGGAAUAAUAAAGAAAUAAAAAAAUAACAAGAUUCCGCACAUACAAUGCAUUUUGUAUAUGACGGGUUUCCAGUAUUUAUUAGCAGAGGCCUGCAUGCAAAAUACUUGUAGGCAUUAACCCCCCCCCUUUUUAUUUUUGUUUGAAAUGUGCUUUUUAAAACGCAUGUCAAGAAAAGAGGACUUGAAAGCGAAAGUAAGCUGGGAUGGGGUCCCCGUCAGUCCAUGUGGGACUGCAGGAAAGGUGUCACUGGGCUACUACACCUGCAGAGUAAUGUCACAUUUUGGUUUGCUACAUUGUAUGGCUUUUAUUGAUGGGGGAAAAAAUAAAAUGAAAUGUUCCAAUAAA